CGGCGCGCCGGGCCGCAGGUGCAGACUGCGGGUCCGCUUCCCGGGCGGACGCCGGCCGGCCAUGGAGGGCAAGCCGAUGGUGGUGUCCAAGCAGAAGACGGACGUGGUGUGCGGGGUCCCCACGCAGGUGGUCUGCACCGCCUUCGCCAGCCACAUCCUGGUGGUCGUGACCCAGUUCGGGAAGAUGGGCACGCUGGUCAGCCUGGAGCCCAGCAGCGUGGCCGGCGACCUCGGCAGGCCCGUGGUCUCCACGAGGGUGCUCCUCGGGCAGGACGAGCCUCUCAUCCACGUCUUCGCGAAGAACCUGGUGGCGUUCGUGUCUCAGGAGGCCGGGAACAGGGCCGUGCUGCUGGCCGUGGCCGUGAAAGACAAGAGCCUGGCGGGGCUGCAGGCCUUGAAGGCGCUGAUCCGGCUCUGCCAGGUGUGGUGACCGCGGCUGGACUCCGGCGGCUCGGACGCUGAAGGGGGCGGAGGGCCGGCCCCUGCCCUGGCUGCGGACCCCGGCCCGGGCGCAGGGCCGGCCUGGCGCUGCCCCUCCCACGGGGUGCCGGACCCCUCGCAGGAUAUUUUUCUAAAUUAAAAGUAAACAUUUCCCAGA